AGACGAUAACCUUUGAUUGGUUACCGUCCCGACCCUGUUUCUGAGCUGGUUGUGGGAGGUGAAUUGUAGUGCUUAGGUUAUGAUGUCGUUGUCGCUUUUGCCGCGUAUCGAGCAGUUGUCCUCACGGGUUAUCCGUGUGUUAGGAUGUAAUCCGGGUCCCAUGACACUGCAGGGCACUAAUACCUACCUAGUGGGCACCGGCCGCAGGAGAAUUCUUAUAGACACAGGAGAGCCUGCAGUACCGGAAUACAUCAGCUGUUUGAAGCAAGCGCUGUCUGAAUUUAAUACAACCAUUCAAGAAAUUGUAGUGACUCACUGGCACCAUGACCAUACAGGAGGCAUAGCUGACGUAUGUAGAGAUGUAGUCGGUGCAGAUUCAGGCUUCAGCAUCAGUAAACUUCCUCGCUGUCCCCACCAAGAAGAGGUUAUAGGUGGAGGUGAUCAAAAGUACAACUACCUUAAAGAUGGUGAUAUUAUAUCAACUGAAGGAGCAACUCUUAGAGUUCUGUACACGCCAGGACACACCGAUGACCAUAUGGCUUUGGAGUUACUAGAAGAAAAUGCGAUCUUCUCUGGAGACUGCAUACUGGGAGAGGGAACUGCUGUCUUUGAGGAGCUUUAUGAUUAUAUGAAGUCUCUGGAAAAGUUGUUGGAUGUUAAAUCGGACAAGAUUUAUCCAGGACACGGCCCUAUAGUUGAGGGAGCCAGAACCAAAAUUCAGGAAUAUAUUUCACAUAGACUGGCUCGUGAACAACAGAUCUUUCGGGUUUUACAAGAAAAUCCUGGCAAAGCUCUGACGUCGAUGGAACUGGUUAAAAUAGUGUACAAGGAUACCCCAGAGAAUUUACAUAAAGCCGCAGAGAUUAACCUUAUUCACCAUUUAAAGAAGCUUAAGAAGGAAGGAAAAAUACUGGAAGAACAUUCGCCCAUUCGAUGGAAGAGUAAGUUGUGAAGAAGAAAGUUCUGUUCAACAUAUGCGAAGGGACUUCAUGAAAUGACUUUAUACGAAUAAAGGAUAUGCAAAUAACUACUACCUGUAAUACAACUACAUGUAUUUUAAAUAAUAUUUAUAUUUGUAAUUUUCACUUCAAUUAAUCAUUUAGCUUUGUAAUUGAAGAAAUCCUGGGAUAUGCCCUUAUUAAAUGUUAACAAAAUUA